CUGUUAGACAAACGACUCAUAGGCUAACUGCAAUAAUUAGGUAGGCUACGUUUGCCAUCUUACUCUGUAGGUUUGGCUUCAAACCUGUAUUGCUUGUGGGAUAGGGCGUUCGGGAUUUGAGCAUCUGCUGGCAGGGAAGAUGAUUCGGACAGUAUGGCUGAGUGUGUGGAAUACGCAUUGCGAUGCAAAACCAUAGAAGGCUAUACAUUGAAAAGACGACAAAACGAACGUUGUGGUCGUAAUAAUAAGGGGAAAUUGUGUUUCUAGCGCGCACCUUUAGACACUGACAGCCUGCUACAAGAAGGCCGUCCAGCCUUCGCAGCCUAAACAUUUCACGCCAACAUUACUGCCAACCGGAGGGGAGAUACCGACGCUAUACAUGACUCACACCCAGGCUGCCUCUACAUAUUUGGCCUGGACUUGUGUCCCCUAAAGCGGUAUCCCGCCUGUCCAUAAAUCCGAGACUGCACAGAGAGUCUUGAGCUCUCUGUCUCGAUCGUUGCUUGUUGGACAGCGUAAAGUAGCAGAGUGGACAACGCUGGCUGUCUUUGCUCCUGGAUUGUUCACUGCACUCCAGGAAUAAUUUUUUACAUUGGCCAGAGAGAGCUUGGUCAGAACUUUAGGUACAACACACCGCAGAGCUUUUAUGGAAGGAUUACUUCUGCAGCCUCCACAUGAAACAUUAUUGACACCACCAUCUGAAAGCUAAAGCUGUAGCAAUCUACCAUAGUUAAGUGUCCGAGGUAGACCGCAUCUUUGAAGCGUAACCCAACCACUAAGAUCAAGGGUUUCCGGUUAUCUAACCCCCACCAACCUUUUGCCAGCUCCUGUAACUACAACUCCAAACUUCCUGCUUUGGCCUUUCCCCCGCAGCCACCAUGCGUCCCUCACUUGCCACAGCGGUCCUUCCAAGGACCCGUAACCAUCCCCAUACGGCCCACCCCCACAAUGCACACGGAUUGCCCGGACACUUGGGACGGGAGAACCUGUCAGCGCCUCGGAGGCGCAGCCCGCACCUGCGACACACACUCAGCCCGGAGAACCUUCGGAGCCUGGUAGAGCGUGGUGGCGCCGCCGGGGACAUGGCUUCCGUGGUGAGUAGCCCCAUGGGCCUCCCGAGGGCCAACAGUGACACGGACCUGGUGACGUCGCAGAGCCGCUCGUCGCUGACGGCGUCCACGCUGGAGUUCACGCUGGGGAGGGGCGAGAACCUGGUCAUCUCCUGGGACAUCAAGGAGGAGGUGGAUGCCACCGACUGGAUUGGCCUCUACCACAUCGAUGAGACCAGCCCGUCUAAUGUGUGGGACUGUAAGAAUCGCGGGGUGAAUGGGACACAGAGGGGCCAGAUUGUCUGGAGACUGGAGCCUGGUCCUUACUUCAUGGACGCUGAGACCAAGAUCUGCUUCAAGUACUACCACGGUGUCAGUGGAGCCCUGAGAGCAACCACCCCCUGCAUCACUGUGAAGAACCCUGGAGUCCUGGGAGAAGGUCAAAGUGAGGGGCUGUCAUCCACAGAUCAUCCUCGCAAACUAAUCAGCUUUACUUUAACAGAUAUGCGUGCGGUGGGGCUGAAGAAGGGUAUGUUCUUCAACCCGGAUCCCUACCUGAAGAUGUCCAUCCACCCCGGGAAGAGGAGCGGCUUCCCCACCUUCAGCCACCACGGACAGGAGAGACGCUCCGCCAUCAUCGCCAACACCACCAACCCUAAGUGGCACAGAGAGAAAUACACUUUCGUAGCACUGAUGACAGACAUUCUGAACAUCGAGGUGAAGGACAAGUUUGCCAAAAGUCGACCAAUCAUCAAGCGCUUCCUUGGUCAGCUGACCAUUCCUGUCCAGAGGUUGAUUGAGAAGAUACCUGGUGUCCAGCCUCUGAGCUUCUCUCUGUGUCGACGGUUGCCCACUGAGCAUGUGAGUGGCCAGAUGCAGUUCAAAGUGGAGCUUACAUCCACUGGGCCUGACGGGGCCUCACUAGACUUUAUCAUCGGUGUGCCCAAUAACGGGACCCCGGGGACUCCGUCAGAUGACGAGGAUAUGCCCCACCCACUCCCGGGGGUGGUCACUGGAGGCCCCUCCCCUACUGGCUCUCUGGGCUCACAGAGGUCCUGGGAAGGUGGGGCCACAGCUUAUCCAGUCCCAGACUACAGGGACUUCAGCGGUACAGAGGGCGGAACCACAGAGGGCGAAUCCUACUCUGGCCCUCAACGGCUGCAGAGGUCCCUAAGUGAAGGCCUGGAUGCCAUCGAGGCCCCCAAGGGUCCCGGAGACAGGCCCCUAGGCGCUGCCUCCCCGAAGCUGCGGUCUAGCUUUCCUACUCACACACGUCUCAGCGCCAUGCUGCACAUUGACUCGGACGAAGAAGAGGAGCGCUCCGGGUCCACCGACAUCUACCCGGUGCCCGGGUCCCCCCUGCUGCUCAACGGGGGCCAUGAAGAAGAUCUCUUCCCAGAGCUACAACAGGACUCUGACACUGAGCAGCCGCAGCCCAGGGUGGAGGGUGAUGAACAGGAGGGGGUACAGGGGGAAGAAUGCGCCACUGGUGGUGAAUCUUAUGUGGCCCCUGAGUUAGACCUGGCCCUCGACUUGGAAGACGCCUCCGAGCCUGAUGUUUUCUCAGAGGUGGAGGAAGUUCCUUUCUUCUCAGAGGUGCUGUCCCAGAGUCUUUUGGCUGAGGUCCUGGAGGUGCCAGAAGAGGGCCAGGGGCCCGCUGACGACCCCUCGUCGGAGAUUGACACAUGCUCCAUGGCAACAGCCCCACAGACAUUCAUCUCUUCCUCAGAGAGUUGCCCAAUCACGAUGUUCACAGCUCAGGAGGCGGAUGCAGGGGCAGAAGCUGCCAUUGACCCAGGAGGAGAUACCAUCACCGACAACCCACCCACCAGUCAGCAUGUAGACGAUGAGGGAGACGGGCAGACGCCAGCCAAUGAGGUUGAAGGAGAUGCUCCGUCAGCCAAUGAGCCAGGAGAGGAGAUAAGUGAGCUUAGGCGGAGCUUGCAGGCAUCUGGGGCGGUGUCCCAGGAUGAGGUGGGGGAGGAGCCAAGGCCAGCGGGGGAUGCAGGAUCUGUGGAGUCAGAUGCAGUUGCCACGGAGACGGAUGGAGAGGAUGGUGCUCAAGUGAACGGUCACCCCGUGCACUCGCUCCCCACAGUGCGCCAUGACAUCCACCGAUACCAACGAGUGGACGAACCCUUACCUCCUAACUGGGAGGCGAGGAUCGAUAGUCACGGUCGUAUUUUCUUUGUCGAUCAUGUGAACCGGACCACCACGUGGCAGCGCCCCACCGGACCACCCGCCCCCCAGGGCCUGACCCGCUCCAACUCCAUCCAACAGAUGGAGCAACUCAACCGCAGGUAUCAGAGCAUAAGAAGGACGAUGACCAGUGAGAGGUCCGAGGAGAACACAGUUGACCUCCCGCCAGAGCUCACAGAGAGUGACCUUCUACCCCAGACCAUCCCUGAGUACAGGAGAGAGAGUGCGGUGGGUCACUCCAGCUCCCGGUCGCGUCUCUCUCUGCUGCUCCAGUCCCCCAGCGCAAAGUUCCUGUGCAGCCCAGACUUCUUCACCAUGCUGCAUUCUACCCCUAGUGCCUACCGCAUGUUUUUGAGCAACACUUGCCUGAAGCACAUGAUCAGUAAGGUGCGUCGGGACGCCCACCACUAUGAGCGCUACCAGCACAACAGGGACCUGGUGGCCUUUCUCAACAUGUUCACUAACAAACAACUGGAGCUACCCAGGGGCUGGGAGAUGAAGCACGACCAGUCCGGCAAGCCCUUCUUUGUGGAUCACAAUCGUCGUUCCACAACCUUCAUCGACCCGCGGUUCCCCCUUCAGAGUGCACGCUCCACUGGCCUGUUGACCCACCGCCAGCACCUCAGCCGCCAACGCAGCCACAGCGCAGGCGAGGUGGUAGAUGACACGCGAAACUCCAACCCACCUGUCAUGCCCCGCCCCUCCAGCACCUUCAGUGGGUCCACUCGCAAUCAAUACCAGGACCUGGUGCCUGUGGCCUACAAUGACAAGAUUGUGGCGUUUCUACGGCAACCCAACAUCAUUGAGAUCCUGCAGGAGAGGCAACCAGAACUCGUCAGGAACCACUCACUCAAGGAAAGGUUACAGUUCAUUCGCAGCGAGGGUGUUUCUGGGCUUGCUCGUCUCUCUAGCGAUGCUGACCUAGUCAUUUUGCUCAGCCUGUUUGAUGAGGAGGUCAUGUCCUAUGUGCCACCUGCUGCCUUACUGCACCCUAGCUACUGCUCCUCCCCUCAAAGCUCCCCUGGUACUCAGAGAGCUAAUGCACGUGCCCCUGCCCCGUACAAACGUGACUUUGAGGCCAAACUGAGAAACUUCUAUCGCAAGCUGCAGACAAAGGGCUAUGGCCAGGGACCUGGGAAAGUCAAAUUGAUCGUUCGCAGAGAUCACCUGUUGGAGGAUGCCUUCAAUCAGAUCAUGUGCUACUCCCGCAAAGACCUGCAGAGGAGUAAGCUGUAUGUCAGCUUUGUGGGAGAGGAAGGGCUGGACUACAGCGGCCCUUCGAGGGAGUUCUUCUUCUUGGUGUCAAGGGAGUUGUUUAACCCUUACUACGGUCUGUUUGAGUACUCCGCCAACGACACCUACACUGUGCAGAUCAGCCCCAUGUCUGCCUUCGUGGACAACCAUCACGAGUGGUUUCGUUUCAGUGGGCGUAUCCUGGGCCUGGCUCUGAUCCACCAGUAUCUGUUGGAUGCCUUCUUUACCCGCCCGUUCUACAAGGGCCUGCUGCGUAUCCCGUGUGACCUGAGUGACCUGGAGUUCCUGGACGAGGAGUUCCACCAGAGUUUACAGUGGAUGAAGGACAACGACAUCGAGGACAUGCUGGACCUCACCUUCACCGUCAACGAGGAGGUCUUCGGGCAGAUCACAGAGAGAGAGCUGAAGCCAGGCGGUGCAGGUAUUCCAGUGUCAGAGAAGAAUAAGAAGGAGUACAUCGAGCGUAUGGUUAAGUGGCGCAUCGAAAGGGGUGUGGCUCAGCAGACUGAGAGCCUGGUGCGAGGCUUCUAUGAGGUGGUGGACGUGAGGCUGGUGUCUGUGUUUGAUGCCAGAGAGCUGGAGCUGGUGAUUGCUGGCACUGCAGAGAUCGACCUGGCCGACUGGAGGAACAACACAGAGUACAGAGGAGGUUACCAUGACAACCACAUAGUCAUCCGCUGGUUCUGGGCAGCAGUGGAGAGGUUCAACAAUGAGCAGAGACUCCGACUGCUGCAGUUUGUGACAGGCACCUCCAGUAUUCCCUAUGAGGGCUUUGCCUCCCUCAGAGGUAGCAAUGGACCACGGAGGUUCUGUGUGGAGAAGUGGGGCAAAAUCACCUCCUUACCCAGGGCUCACACAUGCUUUAACCGUCUGGACCUCCCACCGUACCCUUCGUUCUCCAUGCUCUAUGAGAAGAUGCUGACAGCCGUGGAGGAAACCAGCACCUUUGGCCUGGAGUAAACUCUCCAAAAUGGCUGCCACAGCCAGGGGUCGAAUUGGGGAAGAACAAUUGUGGAGAGGAAAUCACCUUAGCUUGAGGCGAGACAGUACUCACAGUACACAAUGGAAACUGAAUAGACAUCUACCAGAAAUGAUCAUUUUGGAGAAGCAACAAAACUUUUGGGGACAAUUUCACCACCAAGACAAUCCCAAUUUGCCCCCCCCCCCCCC